AUGGAGAACCUCUCUGAUGUUGAACAACCAGUUCCUAUUGCCGUAGAAUAUAUUGGAAUGACAAAUACAUUAAACUUCACCUACAGUCCAGAAUUAGUCUCAGAUAUAGUUAUUUCAAAUGCAGACACUUUACGAUUAACUCGUUUUGUAGUUCAAAAGAUACUGGUUCCUAUUAUUGUGAUUAUUGGGUUAUCUGGUAACCUUGUGAGCAUUGCAGUGUUGACAAAUCCGUCAAUGAAAUCAUCAACAAAUUGUUAUUUGACGUUUUUAGCAGUUUUUGACAGUUUAUAUUUGAUCACUAGUUUUACAUUAAGUUUCAAUCAUUACGAAACAAUUAAAGAUGAAUAUAUUUUUAAGCAUUGGUAUCCAUAUGGACGUGUUUUAUCGGACAUGUGGUCAAAUGCUUCAGUAAUUUUGACUGUGACGUUUACUGUUGAACGAUAUAUUGCUGUGUGUCACCCAAUGAGAGGUCGGGUUAUUUGCACACCAAAAAGAGCCAAAAUAAUUGCUAUUGUGAUGGCAUUAUGUGCACUUGCGUGUACCAUUCCCGAAUUUUUCGAAUGGAAGUUAGUUUACGAGAAAGAAGACAAUGUGACUAUUGUUCGAGUAGAUACAACAGAAUUCGCUAAACAGGAAUCAUAUAGUAUCGGUUAUUAUUAUUUCCUUGCUUUUAUGUUUACCUUCAUACCCUUGAUAGCACUGUGUAGCUUCAACUCCAUUUUAAUUAGGUCCGUGUGCAGAGCCAAUGAGAUAAGGAAAGUAAUGACACAUACAAUUGCCACGAGAUCUGGUGACCGACGGCAGUGGGAACAACACAAAACAACAUUAAUGCUUAUAGGCGUCGCUGUUGUUUUUAUCAUUUGUCAACUUCCGUCAGCUACUCUUAUUAUAUAUAACACGUAUUUAGACGCAGCUGAUGUCAGCCUGAACAGACACGAGAUUAAUAAUUUACGUAUUGCUGGCAACGUUUCCAAUACAUUGAUUCAGUUCAAUGCUGCGAUGAAUUUUAUAUUAUAUUCUGUGAUGAGCACAAAAUUCAGGAGAGUAUUUUUUAGAAUGGUUUAUAGAAUAAUGCCAGGAAGGAAAAGAGAAAAUCGAUAUUACAGAGAAGCUACAUAUUUAACGGGUGUUUCCUUUUCUAAAAAUACGACUGCUCAACAAAUUAUUCGGUAUAAUGGAUUUCCCCCUUUGAAAAAGAAUAUUUCAAAUAACGUAUAUCGGCAACGUUUUACAGACAUUCCGUCGCCGAAUAGAAGUCCAUACCAAAGUAGAGACAAUCUAAACAAAUCAUCGGAUUCAAUUGUGUUAAAAGAAAGAAUACUCAUGAAAAACGGAGACGUAAACACUAGUUCUGGGACUAGUGUUUAA